AUGGUAAACACUUCAUUCGCAUUCAUUCUUUCUAUUUAUGUUUCAACCUCAUAUGUGGCAAGCUUGUUCCUUCUUUCAAAGGGAGGUAUAAUGUACAUGUUACAAAGAAAUGAUCCGACAGUUAUGCGUUGUCGUAUAAAGAGAAUCACAUUAAUAUGUUUGGCGAAUAUUGCAAUUGUUCCAUGUAUGCACUGGCUGCUUUCUGAUGAUCCAAAUCUAACCAUAUCGAAAUGUGUGCUAAAUCUUGGUAUUGUUCCCGGAUUAUAUGUGAGGGCAGGUAGCCUUCAUUGGGACGUGAUAGGGUAUUUCUGGGAUGCAGCGAGGGCGGUGGGACUGACUGCUAUCCUAUACGGCUGUGAUAUGGUUGAUUCUAUUCUUUAUUACUUCAUGAUGCCCUAUUGGGACCCUGUUGCCGACUUUCGCGAUGAGAUUUUAAAUCUGCAUGGAUUCAGGAAUAUAGUAGUCGGGCCUGCCACUGAGGAGCUUGUAUACACGUCGAUGAAUCUUCAGAAUUACCUUAUCCUCGCCAACAGCACGCCUACAACUACCCUGCUGUUGUUAUUACCACUUUUCUUUGGCUUCGCCCAUAUUCCCCAUGGCAUGGAAAUGUAUUUCUCGAGGAACUACACGAUUGCGGAGAUCCUGAACAGAUGCUUAUUCCAAAUUCUCUACACAACCGUUUUCGGAGCCUUUACAAACUUCAUCUACCUGCGAACUGGAAAUCUAUAUGCAUGUAUUUUAGUCCACGCCUUGUGCAAUUACAUGUCCUUCCCGAAUUUGAGCUCCCAAUUAGCAGCGGACUACCAGCAGAUAUCAGAAAAGAAGCAAUCAAGAACGUGGAAGGAGGUCGUCAUUCGUAUUUGGUCAUACCUUUAUAUUCCCUGUCUUUUGUUCUGCAUUGUAGGAUUUAAGAACAGUUUAUGGACGUUAACAUACAGUAAAAAUGAGAUAGAACAAUAG